UUCUUCUCAUUUUUUAAGUUACAAAGAGACGUAGACAGCACGGACACUACCUCUGCUUUCUAGUGUAAAUACAAAACCAACUUGACAGACGCUUGAAAUCUACUCUCAUAGCUAUAUAAGAACACAUUACGAAGGACACAAUAUAAAACACUCAUCCAAGAAACUCCUUACUUCACCUGUGUUGGGUAACUUCUACCAUGGAAACAGCCCAGCAACCUCAUAUAGCUCUCUUUCCCAGCGCCGGCAUGGGCCACCUCACCCCCUUCCUCCGCCUUGCCGCCAUGCUAUCUUCGCGCCAAUGCACCGUCACCCUCAUCACCACCCAACCCGUCGUCUCUGCCGCCGAGUCCAAACACAUUUCUCACUUCCUGUCCACCCACCCACAGAUCAAGCACCUCCAAUUCCAUCUCCUGCCCUUCCAUGAGUCUGAUCGCACCACUGAUGAUCCAUUCUUCCUCCAGUUUGAGGCCGUUAGGCGCUCCGUCCACCUUCUCCAUCCACUGUUAUUGGAUUCAUCACCUCCUCUCUCUGCAAUCGUUUCUGACUUCGUGGUGGCUGCCAACGUCGGCAAAGUUUCCAUGGAUCUCCGCAUUCCAAACUACAUCGUCUCCACCUCCUCUGCAAAUUUUUUUGCCCUAAUUGCGAGUCUCCCUCUCCUCGCAUAUGAAGGCAACGCUAAAUUAAGCAUCGGAUGCGGCAAUGUCACGAUUGCAGGGUUGGGACUCCUGCCCGAAUCAAGCAUUCCUCCGCCGUUCUUCAAUCCGAAUCACCUGUUUACCAGAAUUAUUGUUUCAAAUUCUCAGUAUCUUCCAGAAGCUAAAGGCAUUCUUUUGAACAACUUCCAGUGGUUUGAAGCAGAAACACUCUCAGCCCUUAACAAUGGCAGUGUCUUACGCAACCUCCCUCCGGUUCUCCCCAUUGGCCCAUUACGACCCUACGAGCAAGAAAGAGACCAAGAGCUUCCAUGGAUAGACGAGCAACCAGCACAAUCGGUAGUGUAUAUAAGCUUUGGGAGUAGAACUGCCAUGUCAAAGGAGCAAAUAAAAGAACUAGGAGACGGGUUGGAGAGAAGCAAUUGCAGAUUCUUGUGGGUUCUUAAGACCAGUAAAGUUGAUACAGAUGACAAGGAAGAAAUAACAGAGUUGCUAGGAAGCUCGUUUUUGGAGAGAACCAAGAACAAAGGGGUUGUGGUUCAGGGGUGGGUGAACCAGGAGGAAGUUUUGGCACACCCUGCCAUUGGAGGGUUUGUGAAUCACUGCGGCUGGAACUCAGUGACGGAGGCUGCUUUGCGAGGGAUGCCGAUGCUGGCUUGGCCGCAGCAUGGGGAUCAGAGGGUGAAUGCCGAGGUGGUGGCAAAGGCAGGCUUGGGCAUAUGGGUGAAGGAUUGGGGUUGGGGUGUUGGGAGGUUGGUAGAGGGAGAAGAGAUUGGGAAGAGAAUUGGAGAGCUGAUGAGGGAUGAAGAGUUGAGGGCAAGGGCUGGGAAGGUUGGCGAAGAGGCUAGGAAGGCUUGGGGCUUUGGUGGAAGCUCAGAGAAAGCAUUGAUGGAAAUUGUUGAAGGGUUGAAAUGAUAAGGUCUUAACACUAUAGUGUAUUUGCCACAUUACUCUGAUCAUUUUCUCUCUUGUUUCAUGUGAUUUCACUAACAAAGUGGCUGAUGCAAAGUGUUAUCCAUCUCCAUUUGCUCCA